AUGCCUAAUGCUGGUCUAAACCCAGAUCAUGGUUACACGACGUUUGACAACAUGGGUUGGUCUCUUAUUAUGGCUCUGCAAAUACUAACAAAGGAUUUCUGGGAAAAUGUUUACAACAAGGUAAGUAUAUCAAUUAAAUUUUUUUUGGUGGAAAUAAGGAGGAAACUGAAGGAAAGAUGCGCGAUAAGUCAGACUUCGUCAGAUCUACUUCAGGCAGUCAGCCUUGGAAAUGUGGUGAAGAAUAUUUAAGUGACUAUCAUGAUACAAACUAUAAACUAACUGGCAAAAUUGAACACUUAUCAUUCCUUUUAGAUUAACAGAUCAUCUGGAGCGCAGUACGUGCCAUAUUUUGUCAUCGGAAUAUUCUUCUGUGCUUUUUACCUGAUGAACCUUGUAUUGGCGAUGGUUUACUUAUCAUAUGAACAGGAAUUAUCUUCAGACGGAAAAGAGGUACUUUUAGAUACCCUCCAAUUCAUUCAACAUAGGUAGGCCAACUCACAGAGUUCAGAUCAGUUCAUUUUUUUCCCUUGAUAUUUUGACUAAUGCUAGGUUACAGACUUUAUAGAUUGAUGUUUAAUAUGAAAGUUUGAGUAUGAUGGCAAAGUGAACCAUUAGGUUUUCCAGUUGGCCACCAGAGAGUGAUUAUCUACAUUACACCCUCGAGAAGGCCUGGAUGAAAUCGAACUGUAUCUUUCUACCAGGCGACUUUAUUAGUUGUGACCUGCUGGGCGUCAGAGAGCACACCGAACGUAUAGACAGCAACCACAAAACGAGGAAGCUACUGGACCUGUUUGACCUUUUUAAUAUGGGGAACGUUGUAGAUGAACCUACCCGUGUCACAUUAACUACACAGUCUUUAAAUUGACUUGAUUGUGACGACUAAGGUGAACUUAGUCAGUAAAACGGGAGUACUACCGCUUGGUUUAUCAGAUCACUGCCUUAUCUACGCAACUCGCAAGCUAAAUAGCGAAACCCGGCACCCACAAAUAUUCGGACCACAAAUUUUAAACAUUCAGUAAUGACAAGGAUUUUAAGUCGGGUGUUGAUCGAAUACCAUUAAUCACUGGUCGUGAGGGUAUUUCGCCACGGUUACUUGGAGCUGCUGAACAUCUAUUGCCGUGCCGCUGACUAACCUAUAUCUACGUAGCUUGAGGGAAACUAAAGUUUAUGAUGACUGGAAGGCAGCCAGAUUAAAUCUCGUAUUUAAGAACGACGACAAGUCAGAUAGAGGAACCUGUCGUGCAUUGUCUAUGCUAAGCGUUCCAAGCAAAAUCCUAGAGUCUUGUGUCACCGACUCUAUUGCAGAUCACGUCUUUACUCACAAUCAGCUGGUAAUGGAAUAUCAGUGGGCCUACCGCAAGGGCCACUCUACUGACUUAUUAUAAACACACCUAACAGAGACCUGGAGACGCGCCCUAGACUCCAAUCUUGUCGCUGGCGUAUUAUUUAUUGACUUCCAAAAGCGUUUGAUAGCAUUUCUCACCAAAUUUCAAUCCACAAACUUGAGGAUGAUUAAGGGAUAAAGGAGAACCUACAUGACUGGGUAAGAGACUCUCAGAGUGAAAGAAAACAAUACACCGUUGUUAAUGGAGAACUUUCAGACCAAGCUUACGUAACUUCUAGCGUCCCUCAAGGCUCCGCGUUGGGACUAACACUUUUCGCCCUGUACACCGGCGAUCUACCUGAGGCUGUUAGUUCCGCAUCUCUCUACAUGUGCGCUGACGACACGACUAUGUAUUUUAUAGGUGAUUCAGUGGACUCCGUCUCCAACAUACUCAAUAAUGCACUAAAGGAAUUAGAACAUUGGAGUUCAAAGAACCACCUGGUACCUCACCCUAAAAGUGUGAAGAAAUGAUUUUACAAGACCCCAUAAGCGGCAACGCUCUAAUCACCAGCGUGUUGAAAUAAGAGUGAUUGUAUUGUAUUGUAUUGUGAACUGGAUCAGUUGCUUUUUUUUCGCGGCGAAAUUCCUCGCGACGAAACUCUCCGCCCGUCGCUAACAAGUUUGACAAUUGUUGAUGAGUUAAACCAAAUCUCGUCACUUUUCCUCCCAAAUGUUGAUACAGAAACUCCUAAGACAGCCAAAGCAAGGAGUAAACGCUCUGAUAAAGGACCAGUGCUCAAAAAUGCUCUCCUAUCUUUACCUUAUUAGUCAGCGCUGCUUUGUGCAGUAUACAUACAUACAUACAUACAUACAUGCACUUUAUUGCGACUCCUCUAUACGGGGCUCUUCUGUCGUAAUAUACAUUAAUAACAAAUAUACAAUAAUAAAAUUACAAUGGGGCAAAAAUGCUUACAUCUGUUACAACAAGAAAUAUUUACACGAGUUUAUAUACAGUCAUAAAAAUUUGAUUCAAUCUAAGAAGAGUUUCCAAGAAAGUGGGCGGCGACUUUCAUUUUAAAACUUGAGAUAUUGUUUAAGUUCCGAAUGUUUUCUGGGAGUAGGUUGUAUUCGUUUGCCCCACGAAAGGCGAAAGAGCGUUGACCAGUUGAUAAUCUACUUUUAGGUAGAUUCAACUGUGACAUGUUUCUAAUGUGCGUCCUGACACACUAAAUCUAUCAUGAAAUAAAUUGCAAAGAUAAGGUGGUGCCUGAUUUGUUCUACACUUUUGAACCAUAGUAACAGUAUUUAAUAGAAGUUUUUGACGGACGCCUAGCCAACCAAGACAUUCGCGCGCAGCAGACACAUGAUCAAAUUUUUUUGAUACCUAGGAUUAUUCUACAAGCAAAGUUCUGGAUAAGUUGAAGCUUUGAAAUGUUUUUGCUGGAGGUACUAACCCAUACGCUAGAACAAAAAAGCCUGCUAAAAAUAAGAGCCUUUAUAAUCAAAGAAAGUGUUUUGAGGUCCAAAUGAUGUUUAAUCCUAUUGAUACGACGUAGAUAAUAAGGCAGCUCGAGGUCAAGUUAUGGUAUAUUCUACAUCUAUAUCAAUUUGUUCCCAAGGGUGGUGCGGCAUCAGUGAUGAUUGACCAGAUUGAUUAUCAUGGUGUUAUGACACGAGAUUGAAAACCGUUCUAUUUAUUCGGCAGAGUAACUCUCUUACGUUGUGUUGUUUUGUGUGCAUUAUUUAUUAGGGUAAAAAGAUGGAUCAGCGACGGACUGGUUGUUCGUAUCAAGCAGACAAGCAAACACUGAAGCGUCUUAUUCUAUUAGAUAGAAACCGAAGGCCUCCAUCAGGAGAUGAAGCCAACGAGUGUGGUAACGUACCUACGGAUUCGCGCGCGGAAAAGCGCCCUGAAUCACGUCACCACCUUAUAACAGGCAGGGAAUUAACACAAAGGUCUGAGAAGACCAAAGUAACUAGCAAGGCUCUGUCUCACAUAAAAUCCUGUUGGAAAAUGGUACGAAAGUGUAUGCACCAAAUCACGUCCCAUUCUACCUUCGAUUUCGUGAUUCUACUGCUGAUAGUUUUGAACACAAUUGUUCUGGCAAUGUAUUACCAUGGUAUUCCUGCCCAGUUUAGGCGCGUCUUGGAUAUUUUGAAUUGGGUGAGUAAAACUUAGUGAUUGUUGACUAUGGAACUGGGAUAACAAAUCUAACUGUAGAUUUAUUAGACAGCUCCAGGUGUAGGUAAGUAUGGACCACCUGUGAUCAUUCUGAUAAUCUUAACCUUGCUAGCUGUAGCAGCCUGUCCUAGAGCUGCCCUUGGGGUUAAACGAUUACAAAAAAUAGUGCGGUCGGGUUUGGUCAAUAGGACAUAAGUACUACUGUAAGAUGGUCUGUCUUGCAGGCUAUUUUUAUGAAUGAAUCAGUAAAUCACUGAGGUUCGAAAAUACGACAUCAAUGUCUUUUUUCUUUGCUAAAUAGGUAUUCACUGGGUUGUUUACGACUGAGAUUCUGUUUCGUGUGGUCGCUAUGGGACCAACAGCAUUUGUCCGCGAUCGAUGGUACUUGUUUGACACAGCUGUUGUGGCAGCCAGCUUACUGGGAUAUUUAAUAGAUGCUGAAGGACUUAGUAUAUUUAGAACCUUUAGAAUGGUAAGCAUACAGGAAUCAUUUCAUUCAGAACGAAAAAAUUUUUAAGGUCUGUUGGCGAUUUAUUUUGCUGAAAAAGAUUUUUGUCUGGUAGCAUGGUACAAUUGAAAAAGAUCUACGUUGACAACUUUGAACAUUGAAGAUGUCAAUAUUUUGAUGACUUUUCAGUUAUGACAGCUAACAUGUUCGAAAAGAAAACCAAGGAAAAGUUAAAGGAUAAAGUUAAAGGAUCGCAAGUAAUUGAAAAUCCUGAGACGAACUUCGUACCGUUAUGUUUGUAACUGAAGUUUAAUGAUCUGGUUUUAACGUAUUUUCAUGUAAUACCGUGCAAGCUUCUGUGUGCUCACAAAAGAUUAACUCUCUCCUGUUUAGGUACGACUCUUACGUUUGGCGAAGUCCUGGAAGACGAUGAAUAGACUAAUGAUGGCCAUUGCUAGAAGCAUAGGACCUGUGGGCAACAUCACACUUAUUCUUGGUGUAAUUAUCUACAUUUUUGCUGUCCUAGGAAUGAAGAUAUUUGGCAAGGAUUAUAAAAUGGAUAAGUUUGGUGAUAGUGGAGUGCCACGCUGGAAUUUUAGUGAUAUCUGGCACGCUUUCAUGAUGGUUUUUCGUGUGCUAAGCGGGGAGUGGAUCGAGCCUCUCUGGGACUGCAUGAGAGUCACAAACGCUGCCAAGGCAAUCCCUUACUUUCUAACAGUUCUCGUCAUUGGAAACUUUCUGGUGAGUAGCAUUUGUGAGUGAGAAAGGGAUUGACUACUUUGCUUAGAAUGAACAAACACUAAGUAAGGUCAUGCCCAGAUUGAGAAACUAAGAAUAUGGCAAAAUAACUGGCUGCCUGGAUCCACUUACUCCUUCCGUAAAUAAUUUUUCAAUCUUAAAAUUAUGUAAAAGCUUAUUGAGUGCGGCAUAUUUUACACUUCAUCAAAUACAAGCGAAGAUAAACUGUAUGGCACAGGGAAUGACUUUAUUUAACUUAUAGAUUCAUGGGUCUCUGUUCUGAUACAGCGUGUAAGUUCUGAUCAUCUUGUUCUUUACCAGGUCCUCAACUUGUUUGUCACUCUAGUAGUGAACGCCUUCGACUUCCGAGACAAAGAUGACAAUUCAGAUGGCGUAGAUGGUGCAAAGUUUAGCAUAAAAAAGAUAUUUAAAACACGCAGGUCCUGCCUUUUGGAGGAAAAUUAUCGUGGGUCUUUUCGUCCUUGUAAGCUUGAGGUUAUAGAGAGUAAACACCCUGAUGAGCAAAGCAAUGGCGUUUCCUUGGCAAUACACGCAGGAGAUCAAGACGGCAAAGAAUACUGUAAAAGUAUAGAGAUAAUAUAUUUCUUUUACCAAGAAAACAUAUUUUUAAUUGGAGUGUACAUCUAAGGGAGUUUUCAUUUGAUUAUUUUAGUAUACUUUCUAAAUCAACUUUUUUGUUGCCCGUUCAUAUACAAUAGCGGCCAUGAAUUUGUCUUUGUCUAUACACCAUCCAAAUUUUCAAUUUUGUAUAAUUUCCAGCUACUUCCUUUCGUCGACUUACAAUACAUUUUGUUUUAUUCAUUCAAACUACUACUAAGGGCCUGUUUACGUGAAGGUGGGGGACCCCAGGUAGGUGAGGUAACAUGUGGCAGGUUACCCCACGUGAUCACAUUAAAAUGAGAGAUUGUAUGGACAGGCGGGUUACCCCACCUAAGAGGGUUACCUCACCUACCUGGGGUCACCCACCUCCAUGUACAUGUAAACAGGCCCUAAGCCUAAUCUAAGGGCCUGUUUACAUGGAGUGGGGGACCCCGGUCUAGUGGGUCGGUCUAGUCUUUUGUUUUCACGCUCUGGGGGACACAAAACAAAAGAAACUUACCCCACGAGACCGGGGUCCCCCACUCCAUGUAAACAGGGUCUAAAUGGAAGAUUUUGAAACUCAGAAAACCAUGACCUACGAAAAUAUUUCUGGAAUGUUAUUGUGUUGCAAGGAAGAAGCCGAUCAGGCGUGAGAAAACUAAGCGGUAUUCAACAACGGCAGUAGUGUUGUGACAUACUUGCGUGUAACUAGUUUUGUUUAGUUUUAUCUUUAGUAAUCACGGUUUUCUGGGUUGACAAUAUAUACCAAUCAGAAACGGAGAAAUAUUUUGAAUGAAUAAUAUUGUGUAAGGCAGUGGGUUAGUGGUGGGUCUGGGUUUGGACAUAUGUCCUCAAUGAUACUAGCCUCCCGCGCAGGCGUUUUUAGGGGAGUUCGUAUUUCUUCCCUCUCCACAAACGCCUGCUCAGCCGAGGACAAUAUUCCUUUCCCAUUGUUAUAUUCGCGUGGUAAGUGACCAAUCAACAAUUUUGAAGUAAAGUGUUGACAGGCUAAACACAACUCAUAAGCUCGUGAUAGUAGUGUAAAAACGUGACUCAGAACAUGACCCUAGAGUUACCUUUUUCCUUUUUUUUCUUUCCUUCGCUAAGGUUAUGCAGUGCACGGAGAAUUCUAAAAUCUGACUGAACAAAUCUUACUUUUGCCGCUCUGAGUCGAACAUUUAUUAGAGGUCACGAAGCUUUCUCAAAGUCUCACGCAGAUCGGGUAAUUAUCGGGUUACCCUGCGGUCAAGGUCAACUUUCCAGAAUUUGGAAAGUACAACGUGAUAGGCUAAGCGUGGGAAAGGAAUGUUGUCCUCGGUUGAGCAGGCGUUUGUGGGGAGGGAUGAAAAACGAGCUCCCCUAAAAACGCCUGCGUGGGAGGCUACAAUGAUACCGGCCAUCUUUUUAUUAUGUUCAAGAUAACCUUUAAUACCUAUUUUAACGUCCAUGAAUUAAGCCGGGAUAUUCCAAACUAAAAAAACAGUUUAUUUUAUUUCAGCAUUUCUUGACAUUUCUUUUUCAUCCUUUUUUUUUUUAUCUAUCCAGUAAUGAUUCUGAAUUUGAUGGGACAUGCUACAUUUGACAUUCUUUUUCGAAAUAAGCAUUAUCAUACAUGAAAAACAUUGCUAUAGUUUCAAUUUUAUUAAUUUUCCUCUUUCUACGCAGUGUUAGACAACGUUAUCAACAUUGAGAGCUCAAACAAAACAAUCGGUGAAGGUGCGAGUUUUAAGGAUGGCGUUGAUUCUCCUCCCAGUUUCAAAAUGGAACGUAUAAAAGAAGGGAUUUCUGAAAAUGGUGUGGUAACAUUAAAGCCGGUUCCUUCGGUUAAAAUCAAGGAAUUAUACAUAGAGGACUGCCUCCCUGAGUACUGCGCAUGUGUAGACUGUCAACUGUGCAGGCCUUUAUCUACGGAAAGCAUUUCCUGGCUUAAGUUCCGCGGCCGGGUACUAAUUUUUGUGGAAAAGAAAUACUUUGACUGGUUUAUUCUCUUCAUGGUGCUUUUCAGCAGUUUUAUGCUGGUAGGUCGAUUUAUGCUGUGCAUCUUUUAAGAUCCUUAAAAUGAUUUACUUCAUAGAAGUUACUUUGGCCUUUUCAAUUUUUUUAUGAUUUCAUUCCUUUUAUUGCAGCUGGGGGUCAGGGUGGGAGUUCAAGUACCCUGUUCCGCCCGGGACACCCGGAAGUGCAGCGUUCUGGCCACUUAGCCACGCUGAGAUAUUUGCCCAAAAGCUAUCUAAAUGCAAUAUCUUCAAUCGUAAACACUACUGUAAAUGGAAAAUGCUUACAAAGGUCUUAUUGAAACUUGUAGGUUUUUGAAGACGUUAAUCUACAUAAAAGGCCAAAUCUCGAGAAAACCUUGGAAAUACUCAACUACAUUUUUGCAUGCGUCUUUACGCUAGAGUUCCUACUUAAAGCCAUAGCUUUUGGCCUCACCAAGUACUUCGCCUCUCCUUGGAACUGUCUGGAUGCCUUUAUCGUCUCAGUGAGUAGAAUAUGAUUUGUUAAGCUCACUACCUACUGUACAAAAAUUUGCAUAAAGGCUGGAUAAACGCAUCGCUGAUAGUAUGUGUUUUACCUCACAGAUUUCACUCGCCUGCCUAUUUGAGAACAAGAACUUGUCUGUGUUUCGUUCCCUACGUACAUUACGAGCAUUGAGACCACUCCGGGCCAUCUCACGACUGGAGGGAAUGAAGGUAAUCAAAACUUGCCAGCAAAAUCUCCCAGGGGAAUUGAAUUAAGUCAUGUUGUUGCAAUAAAUUAUCGAUUUAUAUUAAGUCUGUUUCUUGAAACAAUAGCGAUGGUAAUUUAUGUAACAAAAGAAUACAAAAUGAUGUGGUCUUCCUGAUCAAAAACAUGCCCAAGCCAUGCUAUCAAAGAGUUUGUCCUGUUUAGUUAAUAAAUCGAAUGCAAUAGCUUUUUGAUGAUGACCAUGUUAUUAAACAGACCGCCCAAAAGCACAACACAGCGAUUGGCGAUUCACCAUUCCUUUGGUUUAAUCCCCGUAGAAAUCGUAGCCAGUUAAAAGUAAAGUAAAACUUAGUUUAUUUCAUGACUACUAAAUCUCAUGUGCAUUAAACACUGUUUGUAUUGUCUUUCUUAAGGUAGUGGUGAAUGCGCUCUUUGCUGCUAUACCAGGUAUUGCGAAUGUCCUGGUGGUUUCCGUUCUCUUCUGGCUGAUAUUUAGCAUUCUUGGCGUUCAUUUGUUUGCCGGAAAGUUCUACAAGUGUGUGGAUGAAGACAACGCCCAGUUACCUGCCAGUGUGAUCGCCAGUAAAGCAGAAUGUAUGAACCGCACCAUAGACGGUUACCGCUGGAUCAACUCCAACGUGAAUUUUGAUAACGUCUUGGCAGGCUUCCUUGCAUUGAUGCAAGUAGUACGUUACCACUUGUUUUUCUUUUUCUUUUUGUUUUUUGGCCUUAACUUCUGACUAAUGACAUUUACACAUGCUACCAUAGGCACCAAAGUGACCGUGCGUUUAGAAACCUAAACACAUGCCUUUAAAACUGGAGUUAGGUUAUUUUGUGUUAAGGGUAUUGCAUUAAUUGUCAGUACCCCGGGGUCAGUACAAAGUGCUGAUAAUAUUAUAGGCGUUCUGGGUGAAUAGCACACAACUAGAAUUUGAAAACAAGCGUGGACUAUUAAUAUGAAGAUAGGAGGAAAAUGCUUUGAACCUAAACAAACCUGCAGUAUAUUUUUCCCUUACGAGAAUGAAUCUACGUCAUAGGUGUCGCUGUGGCGUUUCGAAAACAUUCAGUUGUGUUUCCGUUUUCAAGGGACACUAAGCGGGACCUUUCGUCUACGUAAUUAGCGCUCAUUCUGUUAGGAGUACAAUGUACUUAAGUAGCGACGUCUCUAGCUGAAAUUUGUGCUUAUAUGGCGUGUUUUAGGCUACUUUUGAAGGUUGGAUGGAAGUUAUGAAGGACGCAGUGGACUCGACUAAGGUGAGUAUCAAGUUCUUCUUAGAGGAACAUAAAAUUGUUGCGCUUGUUAAACUAAAGUAAAAAUUUAGGCCAAUUUUUCUUAUCGGAGCUGAUACGACCUAGUACAGAUCUCCUCAUUUUCCAUACAAUUAUUUAAAAGGGGCGAACACUAUCCUGAUUAUGAUCAUGGUGUUACCUAGCCGUCUUUUAACUGGAUGGAUAGCUCCUGCCAUAUACAACGUGAAGCAUUUAGAGCUGUGGGAACAACCCUUAGACAUAAGGUCCCCUGGCUGUUUUUGCAAGGGCGCCCCAGGAGUUGUAUACAUGUUCUUUUGGCGUAAGAUCAGGUAGUUUGAAGUUUUCUGGUUUCACCUUUUAUCGACUGAUAUUAUAACAUGGUGUCAGGAGUAGGUUUUUCCAGACGAACUGCAAGGUGGGUUGACGCUGCAAAACGCUCAUGAUGAUUGCCGUAUAUUCGACGCAGCCAAACUCCAGCAGUACGUGUUUAACCCAUAAACACUUACUGGUACCGAACGUUCACUUUACCCGCCUCUUAGAAAACUCAAAGUUCAAGCACUCAUUUACUCAGCCACCUCUCUGCCUUGCACUUGGAAAAAAUGCGACAAAUGUAACGAGGCCACCUUGCACAGGUGUGCAAAGAAUUAAAUGCUGAAGUGUAUUAUUGGACUAUGAGCUUUCGCUCAAUAACGAUGUGCACAUAUUUUGGAUCUCUUGUGCUGGAUAGUGUAUCGGGCACUCGGAAGAAAAAAAUUGCGUUAAAGGAUGUACAGCGGAUCAAAGCAGUAUCUGGUUCAGAAGCUACAGUCAUUUCUUAUUAGCUGUACAAAGAAGAAAAUUCAGCAAUCUUUGGAGGGGUGGAUUGCAUCUAAAUCCAUUCAUCCAAAGUGCUGUGUGAGGCUUUCAACUCAAAAUAGGAGUCGAGGUAUAAACCUGUUGUAUCUUGUCGGUAAAGGAAACUUUACACCAUUGCUGGGGUGUGAUACUUGUUAAGACAUAGAAGUUCUCGAGUUUACGAAUCUCGAACUGAUAGAUACUCCACAGUCAGAAAUUAAGAACCAUCUGUGCAAGAAACGCCAGGCCAGGUGUUUUCCAAACUGAUUUUGUGUUGCGGGACUAUGAAGAUUGUUUUAGUAAUAAGUACAUUUGUAAGCUGAUCCCUUGAAACAUCUGGUAGUACGCCCUCCCAGGAAAAAUUGCCCUCUUUGAACCAGCGCGAAAUGGAAGGAUGGAAGAAGGUGGGACUACUGUCAAAGAAGAGAAACACUCCCCGUAAGUUUUAUCUAUACUAAUAGUUGACAAACGAAAAGUAAAAUAGAAGAACCCUCCACCAUCAAACAAUGAUCUUCGAAUUUGUAUUGACCCAAGGAACCUAAAAAAGCACUAACUUGAGAUACCACACUAUUCAAUGGUUACGGGGAAGGAGGAAUUUGCGGCUAACCGACUUUCAUGUGCUAAAAGUUUCAUUUCCCUUGAUGCAUGCGGUGAGUACUAACAACUGCGACUUCAUGAUAAAAGCGCAAAGCUCUUAACAUUCAACAUUCAUGAGAUCGAUAUCUACCGGAGUUGGUGGAAAAUUCCUCGAAGGGGAUCCUGCGGAGAUUAUAGUGGACGAUUUCCCGAUACUUGGUGAAUAUCAACAGAAGCUGACCAGAAGUUGAGAACAGUACUGGAUAGGAGCAGAGAAGUAGGACUGAAGUUCAACUCCCAAAAAGUGAAACCUCGGUUUCCCGAAGUAAGCUAUGUUGAACAUUUAUUUUGUUCUUAGCCGAAUAACAGUCCCUAAUAAAGUUCGAGCAAUCAGUGAGAUGCCUUCUUUUACUGGAAAAGGUGUGCUUUGAAUUCUAGGAACUGCAUUACCUGGGCAAGUUCAUUGAGCAAAAGGCUAGGCUAAUCUACAGAGACCUAGAAAUGUGUAGCAUGUGUCUGGGAGUAACCGCAAUGGUCAUCACUAGUACCCCUGUGUUAUCUUACUUUGAUAACAGGAAAGAGACAGUUCUAAGUGUUGAUGCCAGUAGCAUAGACAAUGGCCGGGGAAACCAGUUGCUUUCCGUUAAGAGUCGUUGACUGCCUCUGAGAAGCUGUAGGCAAAUAUUGAAAAAGAGCUGCUAGCUAUUGUGUGGGGAGUGCGAAAGAUUUACUCGUGUGUUCGGUAGAGAGAGUUAUUGUCGAGAUAGAUCACAAAACGCUCUAGUCAAUCGUAGCCACUGAAUGAGGCCCCUCCCAGAAUACAGAGGGUGCUGCUGAAAGCCACCAAGUAUGACCUUGAGGUAUGCCGGCUAUGUACCAGGAAAACAGCAGAUCAUUUCAGAUUGUCUUAGCAGAGCCCUUCUCAGUGAAAAUAGACCAGUCAGCGAACAUAUUUUCGGAGUAAAAAUCUUGUUGAGGAAAUUUGAUUCGAAAGCAGCACCCUGAGAAAAUUCAAGGACAGCUCAAGUACACUUCCUCGAGAAUACUGGAAUUUCAGGGAUGAGCUGAGAGUAGAGGAUGGCGUUUUACUUAAACCAUUGUGAGAUAAGUUACAUGAAAUUCACAGCGCAUAUAUAGAAGAGAACAAGAGCCUUUUAUUUGCCUGGAAUUUUAUUUCCUGGCUUUCAAUGACUGCCCAGAUCAAGGACAAAGUAGUUCCUGUCGAGCUUUAAAUGCGUUCCGCAACUAAGAACAUAGAGAGACAAUAUACCCCAACAAUAUUCCAGGCUUACCUUGACAAAUUGUUGGAACUGGCGGCUGUUAAUGUGACAAAUCGUACCUGGUAGUUACCGACUUUCAAGUACUUUGAAAUCACCCCGCUUGGGUAGACCACAGCCACUUGUGUCGUCAACAACUUGAAGAGUAUAUUCAAUCAAAUGAAGCAGCAGAAAGGGCUGCACGGACUGCAAAACGCAUUCUUAGGAGGACUGCAGCAGAAGAUAAAGCUGAUCCAUUUAAGGGACUGUUGAAAUAUCGCAACUCACUAUUUGAAUAUAUUGGCGUAUCUUCUGCACAGUUGCUGAUGAGGUCGACGACCACGAACGAUGAUACCAACUCAUCGGCGUCUCUUGGUUACCUCAGCAGAUGGAUCGUGAUCGUGUUCUGAAAACUCUUCAUAAGCGACGGCGAAGUGCCAAGUCUAGUUAACACAAGCACAUUAGCGAUUUGCCUCCACUUGUAAUUGUGCACAAGGCGCGAUUUUGUCCGAAUAGUGAAAGGAAAUGGUGUAAAACUGAAGUACUGCCAAGAUCUUACCUACUGGAAGACUAAUAUGGGCUUUCUCACUGGAAAAAUAGAAGGCAGAUCAUCUCAGUUGCAAAUGAUUGUCCCAUGACUCCAAGACCAAGUUUUUUCCUCCUACACGUGGACAGCACGGUGACUCUGUUCCUAGUCCAAUGGCAGCUGAAUCGGAGAAGCAAGCGCCAAGUCCAGUGAAAUGAGAAUCGAGUCCGACAGAAACUGUUUCACACACACCCAUUACAAACAGAUCUGGGCACCAAGUUAAAAGGUGACAAAGACUCAUUUAAAUUAUUCCUGUUAGGGGAGAUGAUGUAACAUUUCAGCCUUUGGGAUCCCCCUUAAGACAUACGGUCCCCUGACUGCUUUACGCGAGCACCCCGGAAAUGGGCUAACAUGUGCCUGGUGUGAGAGUGACUUGAUCUUAAACAUGGUCGAGUAGUUUUAAGUUGUGUAGUUUUGCCAUUUAUAGACUUACAUUACAACACUCUUUUUUUAUAUCAUACAAUUUUUACUAGCCUUACGUUUUGGUUACUAGUUCGUCACCGUAGUAUUUAUAAAUUUAUCAUUAUCAUGAUGGCUUUUUUUAAGGUUGCGAGAUGACUCUUUGUCAUUUGCAUUUUAUCGUUGUAACGUAUGUAACUGAUAAAUGUACUUCCUCCCAGGUGGACAAGCAGCCGAAGUUUGAGAACAACUUGGUGGCGUACUGCUUUUUUGUUGCUUUUAUCAUCGUGGGUUCGUUUUUUGUGCUGAACCUGUUUGUAGGGGUCAUUAUUGACAACUUUAACACCUUAAAAAAGAAGGUAAAGUAUCCUUCGUUGUUUUUUCCCAAACCUAGGUAGGUAGGACCUUGAAGACUCUCCCCUUUAUUUAAAAAAGUGAUAGAAUUGAACUGAAGAAAAAGGUGCAUGUAAGGGUUGUCUUGGGACAAAACGAUGUGAAUGUGCGAUUUGCUUUAUUCGAAACAUUGACACAUCUACAUCCAUUUAAAACAAAAUAAACAUUAGUAAUUUCGUCAUGAACGUGAGUGGUGCCCGAAACAUUUUUCUCAAUGCGCAUGUCUCUUGCCUCCAUUGAUCGUGCUGCUGCGAGCCCUUCGAUGAACUGGAAAAUAUUUUGAUGACGUAAUAACUGAAUUAACACUCCUUCUUUCUUGAGGAAAUAGACCAGAGGUGCUUCUUGACCUUCCACGGGGAACGGUUGAAAGUAUUAGAGAUACAACUUCACAGAAACAUGACCAAAACACAACAAGAAUGUUGAGCUUUAGAAUGUCACAUGAUGAUGAGUGUACAUGUUACGAUUGAUACAAAUUUAUGUUAACGGGCAGGCAAUUCAGCUGCAGUUAGCCGAGCAGGCUCGCUUGGCCGGUGUUUUUCAUCCUGAUAUUAGCUCGGAUUCCACAUAACCGGAUUGGCCGGGUUUUCAUGCAGUCACUAAUAAAUUAUAUUUCUGUUGCGUUUAAUUGGCGCGCUGCGAUCUUUUCAAAGCGAACCAGCCCGGAAACCGGGCCAGCCAGACUCAUGUAUUCAGUCCCUUAACGUCAUUCGUGAGGUCUUCUUUUUUUAGAGUGGACAAAAACCAAAGAGGCCAUUAAGUUUUACCCCCCUAUGCUGUGAAUAAAAAUAUUUCAAUAAACAUUGGAAACCAGCGAAUAAUUUGUCUACCUUAUUUAUUCUGGGCGCUCUUACGUACGAACUGUUGUACUUUAAUUUUCAAUCUUAGUACGAGGACAUCAGCAGCAUGGGUAUGUUGCUGACCGAUUCACAAAGAAAGUGGGUCAGUUUUCUUAAAGAAGCCGCCAGAAAGAAACCACCUUCAAAGGAGAUUCGACCUAAGGUACUAGCUACUACAGUAUAGAUAUACUUAUUUUAGGAUUCUAAGCAUGGCAAAGAUGGCUGAAAAUACUCACCAUGACAUAGCCCCUUUAAAAAGUUGAAGACGGUAUUGUUGGUUGAGGAAUAAAACACUUGAUAUCAUCUAUACAACUACUUUUCCGGAUGCCCAGAGCCAGGCCUCUUACCGUGCUUUUUUAUGUGUAUUUGAUUAUAUGUUCCACAGAAAAGAUUGAUCGGCCUGCUAUAUGAUGUGGUAACGGGGGAUAAAUUUGAAGUCGCCAUUAUGACAGUGAUAAUGUGCAACAUGGUCAUGAUGAUGAUUCAACAUUAUAGACAGUCCUCCCAGGUCACCACCGUACUUCAUAUCCUUUUGCCACGACAAGUUUUUUCAUUUGUUUUCUUUUUCCUUAAAAAGCGGUUUUUAAUUUAUAUAAUUCAUUUAAUCUGUGCGAUCUUAUAUCCACUUGUAUAGGACACAAAUUUCUAUUAAAGUUGCUCUUGGUUGAAGUUAAAGUACUAAACUUUCCGUUCAUGCUUGAAGUGAAGUCCACGGACACAUAAAAGGCAGAGUAUAAAUAUAAUUAUCAAACGCCUAACAUCGUUUUGAGAGAAAUGUUAGUAUUUCUUUUUACAGUUGGGUAGUCCCAAAUCUCUGCCAAGUCCCAGCUAAACUUUAUCAUAUUCUUGCCCACGAAGUGACAGUAACCUCUGGUGAUUCCUGCACGUUCCAUCACAAACAGGCAGAAGAUUAA